AUGCCGCCAGUUGUCCACUGUGUUCGCCAUGCUCAGGGCGUCCACAACCUAUGCACAGCGAACCACGUCAUCCACGAUCCCUCCCUGACCGACCUCGGAAACGAACAAUGUCGCCUUCUUCGCCAGAGCUUCCCCUUCCAUGAUCGGAUCGAGCUGAUCACCGCGUCGCCUCUCCGACGGACAAUCUACACUGCAUUCCAGAGCUUCGAGCCCGUGUUGGAGAAGCGCAAGGAUAUGAAGAUCGUGCUGCUGCCGGAUGUGCAGGAGACCAGUGACGUUCCCUGCGAUACGGGGAGUGACCCGGAGGUUCUGCGGAAGGAGAUGGAGGAGAAGGCAAUCCCUGUGGAUACGAGUUUAGUGCAGGAGGGGUGGAACAGCAAGACUGGUCACUAUGCGCCGACCAACGAGGCGAUCAAGAAGCGGGCGCGUGCGGCUCGGCGCUGGCUGAAGGCGAGACCGGAGAAGGAGAUCAUUGUCGUCACGCACGGUGGUUUCCUGCACUAUUUCACAGAGGACUGGGAGGAUAGCAGUCAAUACCAGGGAACCGGCUGGAACAACACAGAGUACCGCACCUUUGUCUUCUCCGACGAAAAACACAUAGAUGACCUGGAAGGUAACGCUCUGGACGGCGAUAAUGCGACACUGGUUGAGACAGAGGAAUCGCGCCAUCGCCGUGGUAAGGACGGCCCGAUGCUAGACCGUCAGAGACAAAAGAUAUUGUACAGGCUUGGCACACAAGGAUGGGAUGACCAAGGCUUGCAACUGAGCACGGCCGAGCGAGAACAAGCCAAGGUUCCCCAGGGCAAGGAGGUCGAUGGUGUCAGAGUCUGA